UCUAUGUAACAUAGUGACCUUUCCUAUACAUAAAUUGGCCAGUUAGUAACCUAUAGCUCACACGUCACAAAACUUUCUUUUUUGAAUUUCCUUUAUGCCUUCUUCAUCACAACUUCUCAAGAAUUUUAUUCUCUUAUUUGGAUAUUCAAAAGUAUGAACAAUCCAACUAGAAUAAAAUCUAGGUUUAUGCUAAAUUUAGCCUAUGAUAGAGGGUAAAUAUCACAUCUACAUCCACACAAUUAAAACAGAAAAACUUUUUUCGUUUUUUUUUUUCUUUAUUUGUGUUUGCUCCCUUCAUUUGAAUUCUUGAGAAAGUGAAUGGAUAAAGGGAAGAAGAAUUCAAACUCAUCGAUACUCAAGAAAUUGGAGGGAUAUUUAUCGAUGAAGAAGGGAAGUCGAACGAUGAUCUUGUCAAAGAGCAAAUCAUGGCAUAGUGGUACCAAAGCAGAGAGUCAAGUAGUACUAGCACCACAAGGGUGUUUUUGUGUGUAUGUUGGGCCAGAAAAAGAGAAGUUUAUAGUCAAGGCCAAAUAUGCAAACCAUCCAUUGUUCAAAAUGUUGCUUGAAGAUGCUGAAAUGGAAUAUGGUUAUAGUAGCCAAGGACCUAUUUUGCUUCCUUGUGAUGUUGAUCUCUUUAACAAAGUAUUGGGCCAGAUGGAUAGUGAGAAAGAGAUUAAUGGGCCUGGGUGUGGGCUUGCAUCUUGCAGCCCAUUUAGUCCAGCUAGGCGUUUGGGGAAUGGUGAAAUGGGCAAGGGUUAUGGCUCUUACAGGAAUCUCCCUACACCAAGACUGCUCAAGCUCAACAGUUUUAAUCAACUAUAUACAUGAGAAGUAUAAUAGAAAAAAUAUUGCUGUGGUCUUUUCUGAAUAUGCAUAUGGAUUUGUAAAUUGCUACAAGUUGCAAUGAAUAAUAUGUUGUGUGUUCUCAUGCUGUC